AUCCCCAGAAAAACAUUCAUUUUCAUUCUUCUUUUCACAUUCCUCCAAAAAAAAAAUCUCCCCCAAAAUCAAUCCCACAAACAAAACCCACCAAAAAACUUUCACACUUUCUCCACAAAUUCAAACUUCCACCCCCUUUUAAGAUCUAACCCUUUUUCCCUUUAAAAUUCAGAACUAGUAUCAGCAACUAGCAGCAGCAGCAGCUUAACUUUGAGCUUGAAGAGAGAAACAACAAUGGCGGGAUAUGGAGAUGCGAGCCAGAAGGUAGACUAUGUGUUCAAAGUGGUGUUAAUUGGUGAUUCAGCAGUUGGUAAGUCUCAGAUUCUGGCUAGGUUUGCAAGAGAUGAGUUUAGCUUGGAUUCGAAAGCAACAAUUGGUGUUGAGUUCCAGACUCGAACCCUGGUUAUUCAGCACAAGAGCGUCAAAGCCCAGAUCUGGGAUACUGCUGGUCAAGAACGGUACAGAGCGGUCACAAGUGCAUACUACAGGGGUGCUGUAGGUGCAUUAUUGGUUUACGACAUAACAAAGCGCCAAACCUUUGAGCACAUACCAAGAUGGUUAGAAGAGCUACGAGGCCACGCCGACAAGAACAUAGUCAUCAUGCUUAUCGGGAACAAAACCGAUCUCGAGGAUCAACGAGCCGUUGCAACGGAGGAUGCCAAAGAGUUUGCCGAAAAGGAAGGACUUUUCUUCCUAGAAACCUCUGCUUUAGAAUCAACAAACGUGGAAACGGCUUUUAUUACCGUAUUGACCGAGAUAUUCAGUAUCGUGAACAAGAAAACUCUUGCUGCCAGCGAGGAUCAAGGUAACGGCGGUAACAACCCCGUGCCGUCGGCUGGAAAGAACCUCUUGGUUCCUGGUCCUGGUCAAGUAAUCCCAGAAAAGAAAGCAAUGUGUUGUAGUUCAUAAAUGGUGGUUUGCAAUUUUGGUCUUAUGUUAGUAAUUUGUCUAUCAUUUGUUGGUUUUUACUUUGAAAUUUUACUGUGUUUGAGAAUGAAUUUCGGAGAUGAUGAGAUCGGGGUCGGUUUUUGAAAACGGGUGGGCGGGCGGGUGGACGGGGUGUUGGUUGCUGAAUUUGAUUUGUAAAAAUCUGUUGGAAGGAGGUAUAGCUAGUUGAUCUAAUGCGUGAUAUAGCAUGAUGGCUAUAAAUGUUAGUAUGUUACACAUUUUAAUCUUUAUGUUUCACCAUGUCUUUAUAUAAGAGUAUUUGAGUUGGAAAUUAAUUAAAGAAUCACGUAUUGUUCAUUGUA